GAUGCAGUCAAAUGGUUUUUUAACAGUGUUUAGUAAUUCUCCAUAAGUAUUUGUGACCUAGUCUAUACCAGUUAAUCGCAGUUAAUAAGUAAGCAUGGAGCAAGUUACUUAUUUCAAUGAAAUAUCUUUGAUGAUGUUUGGCUUUGGUGACAGUCAUAAGCCAAAUACAGACACAGUGAAACUGGUUGAAAGUAUUACUCUAAAUCAAUUAAGACUAAUAAUUCAUGAAGCUGUUAAGUAUCAAGAGGGAAAUUCUUUAGGGGGUGAAGAAUUGGUGUUCCUUAUGAGGAAAAACAAGUAUAAGAUGAGGAGAUUUAUCAAAUACCUAUAUAAUAAAGAUGCAAAACAUAGAUUAUCCAAAGGACUUGUGGAUAUGUCAGGCACUUCCACGAAAAACACACUGAUAGAAUUUGUAGAGAAAAUUGAUGAGACUGGUGAAUUGACAGAUUUAACAGAAUAUGAUGAAGUUAAAAAUGAAAGAAUGAUUAGAGCUGAUAGAAUAUCAUUAUUUUUAGAUGAAGAAACAUACUUGAAAUUCUCUCAAGCCAGGUGCACCUCUUUCAGGAACAAAAAUAUGAGCAGUGCCAGGGAUUAUGAAAAAUUGAAGCAGUGGGUUGACCCAAGAAAUGAAUUGAAUUUCUCAAACUUGGCAUUGGAUGUACUGUCUUAUUAUGCAUACGAGACUGUUGCCCAAUUAACUGACUAUGCACUUCUUGUGAGAUUAGAUCACAAUAGGAAAGGGGAUCCAUUAAGCAACUUGCAAGGCACAUAUUUUUCUGCAACAAUGUUUAAUGGAGAACACAGAUUAACUAAAGAGAACAUAGAUUACAGCAAGGUUGGAAGUUGCCAACAACCAAUCACAGUUAAUGAAAUUAAGGAAGUAAUGCGCAGGAUAUGUUCUCCACAAGCAGGAAAAUUAAACUUCGGAAAGAAAUAUGUGGAAUCUCAUCAAAUAAUUGCUAUAUAAUAACCAUUUUAUUUUAUUUACUUUUUUUGCAUCUAUAGGUGAACCAGUCCUAGAGAACAUUUUAUAUUAUUUUUAACGUUAAUAAAUAUUAUAAAAAUC